CCUCGCAUUCAUGUGCGUACAUGAAGGCAACGCAAGAGCUCAAACUCAAAAAGAAGGAUGUUUGAGGAAACAGGCAACACAUUUUUAAAUUAUAGUCUUGCAUUGCUUUGAGUUGGGAUUAUUAUAUUUUAUUUUCCCCAAGUGAGUUUAACUUGAGUUUGUUUUUUUGUUUUUUUCACAAAUGACCUCCCAGGUGCUCGGGGUCAUGGUCACGCUUUUUGGAGUCCUGAAUGUGCCUUCCAAUGAGGCGUUCAGGUGUCCGGAAAUCUGCUGCUGCACUGCCUUCAGCUUCCAGUGCAGCAAUUUCACUCAGCUGACCAAGAAUCGGACAUCAUUUGGGUCCAUACUAGAGGUCAGAUAUCUGGAUUUAAAGGAAGUUCCACCCCAUGCCUUCUCAGGGCUGAGCGGCAUAAAAAAAAUUUUGGUCUCCUACAGCAAACACAUCACACAGAUACGGACACGGGCCUUCUUCUUCAUCCGUGACCUGAAUGAAAUCAUCUUGGAAGGUCUGAAAAAUCUGAGGACAAUUGAAAAGGGUGCAUUCACCAAACUGCCCUAUCUGAAAUAUUUGCGUAUCUAUAACACUGGUUUGAUGCACCUGCCAGACUUAUCCACUAUAUCCUUUGUGGGAAUCGUAUUCUUCCUAUCGAUAGAAGACAACUUAGCGAUCACAAGCGUCCCUGCCAACUCCUUCUGUGGUAUUUCAAAGAUGAUACUUGACAUAAACAUGGUCAGUUGUGGUAUCAAGGAAGUGAAUCCUUUUGCUUUCAAUGGCACUAACCUCAGAAGACUAGAUUUAAGUCACAACAGAAGUCUUAGAAAGCUUCCGGGGGAUGCAUUUAGGGGAGCCACUGGUCCAAUUUAUUUGGAUGUGUCCUCCACAGCUUUAAGCCUCCUCCCGCAGACGGGGUUGCAGCAGGUAAAGCAACUGAGAGCCACAUCUGCUUUUGCUCUCAAGCGCCUUCCUCCACUGGACACCCUGGCUAAGAUGGAGAAAGCCAACAUCACGUACCCGAGCCACUGCUGUGCUUUCAACUCGAGGUACAUCAAACGCAGGGAAGAGGCCAAGAAGAAGCCAUUAUCCCCUUUCUGCAAAAAAAUCCAACGAUUACUGAAAGACAGUAAAGUAUACCACCGUCAUCCAGAACUGCACGAUUUUUGCCCCACAUACCCGGACUUCCAGUGCAUGCCACAGCCGGACGCUUUCAACCCCUGCGAGGACCUCCUCGGCCCCAACCUGGGCCGCUUCACCUGGACAAUCGCCAUUUUCACCGUCUCCGGCAACCUCUCCGUGCUCACGCACCUGCUCCUCGCCCGUCGCAAGCUCACCAUCUCCCAGUUCCUCAUUUGCAACCUGGCCCUGGCCGACUUAUGUAUGGGCUUCUACUUGAUGCUCAUCGCCUUCAAGGACUGCGACUCCCGCCAGGAGUACUACAACUACGCCACGGACUGGCAGACGGGCCCGUGGUGCGGCGUGGCGGGCUUCCUGACGAUGUUCUCCUGCGAGCUCUCGGUUUACACGCUCACCGUGAUCGGCGUGGAGCGCUGCUACACCAUCGUCAACGCCCUGGAUCUGAACAAGAGGCUGUGCAUGCACCAGGUGGCCUCCACCAUGGUGGCGGGCUGGGUCUUCUCCCUGCUGGUCGCCCUGCUCCCCCUGUUUGGGGUCAGCAGCUACAGCAAGGUCAGCAUCUGCCUGCCCAUGGAUAUCGACACUUGGGCUUCUCAGGCCUACGUGGUCAUCGUCCUCUCUCUCAACGUCCUCGCCUUCCUGCUGGUGUGCUGCUGCUACGGCUGCAUCUACCGGAGCGUCUGCAAGCCGAAGCCCGUCCAUCGCAGCAGCGACACCAAGCUGGCCAAACGCAUGGCCGUGCUUAUUUUCACCGACUUCCUCUGCAAGGCGCCCAUCUCCUUCUUCGCAAUUUCCGCCAGCGUGCGCAUGCCCCUCAUCACCGUGUCCCACGCCAAGAUAGUCCUGGUCAUUUUCCACCCCAUCAACUCUUUUUGCAACCCUUUCCUGUACACCAUCUUCACCAGGGGCUUCAGGAAGGAGACGGGCCGGCUGCUCCACCGUUGUCGCGGCGCCCUAACGGUGUUCAAAAGUCACCGGCCGACGCUUCGAAUUGACCAGCGGGCGAAUAUCGCCACCAAGCCAGAGAGCAAAGUUUAGGCUGUGCUCGCGCUUCUUGGUCACAAGCGUGGAAAUGAUCCUCCUGCUCAAGCUUGGAGAGGCCGUCUCGGUCCGCUUGCAAGCGAACUUUGGUGCAGUGGUGGGGCGAAGACGCUGACGUACAAACAAACAAAAAAGCACAGGGAAAUAAUAAAAAUGGAUUAUAUUUACAGUCGCGAUCAAAAGUUGACAUACACUUGUAAAGAACAUACAAAAAACAUUCAUGACAUUUGGUUCUUGUAUGAAUUUAUCAUGGGUCUACUGAAAAUGUGAGCAAAUCUGCUGGGUCAAAAGUAUACAUACAGCAAUGUUAAAGGCCUACUGAAAUUAUUUUCUUAUUCAAACGGGGAUAGCAGGUCCAUUCUAUGUGUCAUACUUGAUCAUUUCGCGAUAUUGCCAUAUUUUUGCUGAAAGGAUUUAGUAGAGAAAAUCAACGAUAAAGUUCGCAACCUUUGGUCGCUAAUAAAAAAUCCUUGCCUGUACCGGAAGUAGCGGACGAUGUGCGCGUGACGUCAAGGUAUAGAGCUCCUCACAUCUGAACAUUGUUUACAAUCAUUGCCACCAGCAGCGAGAGCGAUUCAGACCGAAAAAGCCACAAUUUCCCCAUUAAUUUGAGCGAGGAUGAAAGAUUUGUGGAUGAGGAAAGUUAGAGUGAAGGACUAGAAAAAAAAAAGGGAAAAAAAAGGCGAGGGCUGUGGGAACGAUUCAGAUUUACUAGGAUAAUUCUGGAAAAUCCCUUAUCUGCUUAUCGUGUUACUAGUGUUUUAGUGAGAUUAUAUGGUACCUGAAAGUCGGAGGGGUGUGGUGACCGCCAGUGUCUCUAAGGGAAGCCACGUUUCUCGACGAGGCGAAGCGAAGGCAGCCGUUGGGGCCAGGCUGAGCUUUUUUUUCCCCCUCUACGGUGGAAGCAUCCCACGUUCGGGGGCGGCUGGUCGCAAGAGAGUCCGCAGCUGCCUCUUUGACAGGUGCACGAGGAACGACGCAAACUAUCCGCUCAUGUCUACGGUAAGAGCCGACUUAUUACCACAAUUUUCUCACCGAAACCUUCCGUUUGACAUGUGGUAGGGAACCAUGAUGGCUUGACCGCUCUGUUCCAUAGUAAAGCUUCACCGUCAUCUUUAGGAAAUGUAAACAGGGAAACACCGUCCGUGUUUGUGUUGCUAAAGUCAGCCGCAAUACACCGCUUCCCACCUGCAUCUUUCUUCUUUGACGUCUCCAUUAUUAAUUGAUCAAAUUGCAAAAGAUUCAGCAACACAGAUGUCCAGAAUACUGUAUAAUUAUGCGAUUAAAGCAGACGACUUAUAGCUGGGAUCGGGGCUGAAAUUAUUUUCUUAUUCAAACGGGAAUAGCAGGUCCAUUCUAUGUGUCAAGCUUGAUCAUUUCGCGAUAUUGCCCUAUUUUUGCUGAAAGGUUUUAGUAGAGAACAUUGACGAUAAAGUUUGCAACUUUUGGUCGCUAAUAAAAAAGCCUUGCCUUUACCGGAAGUAUGUGCGCGUGACGUUGCGAGUUGCAGGGCUCCACACAUAUUCACAUUGUUUUUAAUGGGAGUCACCAGCAGUAAGAGCAAUUCGGACCGAGAAAGCGACAAUUUCCCCAUUAAUAUGAGCGAGGAUGAAAUAUUCGUGAAUUAGGAUAUUGAUAGUGAAGGAAUAGAAAAAAAAAAAAAAAAAAAAAGCGACGGGCCUGGGCGACGGCAGUGUGAGCAUUUCAGAUGUAAUUAGACACAUUUACUAAGAUAAUUCUGGAAUAUCCCUUAUCUGCUUAUUGUUUUAAUAGUGUUUUAGUGAGAUUGUAAAGAUUUUAAAGUAAAGAUUGUAAAGACAUACCUGGAGGUCGGAUGGCUGCGGUGAACACACACUGUCUCAGAGAGAAGCCGAGGAGCCAAGCUCACAGCUGCUGCGGGAUGACAAAUAAUCCACUGAUGUCUUCUGUAAGAUAUAUAUCACAAUUUCCCCAUCCAAAAACAUGCUGGUUGACGUAGGGAAAACAUGUUCGUUGCUUCACAACGAACUAAAGAAACACCGGCUGUAUCUGGGUGCUAAAGACAGCUGCAAUCCACCAACAGCAUUCUUUUUUAUAGUCCAUCCAUCCAUCCAUCCAUUUUCUACCGCUUAUUCCCUUUCGGGGUCGCGGGGGGCGCUGGCGCCUAUCUCAGCUACAAUCGGGCGGAAGGCAGGGUAUAGUCUCCAUUAUUAAAUGAACAAAUUGCAAAAGAUUCAGCCAAACAGAUGUCCAAAAUACUGUGUAAUUACGUCAUGAACAGAGAUGACUUUUAUUUGUGUGUCGUGCAGCACUAAUAUUUCCUUACAGUCAGUGACGUCACGCGUAUGCGUCAUCAUUCUGCAACGUUUUCAACAAGAAACUCGCGGGAAAUUUAAAAUUGCAAUUUAUUAAACUAAAAAGGCCGUAUUGGCAUGUGUUGCAAUGUUAAUAUUUCAUCAUUGAUGUAUAAACUAUCAGACUGUGUGGUGGGUAGUAGUGGGUUUCAGUAGGCCUUUAAUGUUUGCUUACAUGUCCCUUUGCAAGUUUCACCCCAAUAAGGCGCUUUUGGUAGCCAUCCACAAACUUCAGGUUGAAUUUUUUGACCACUCUUAACAGAAUUGGUGCAGUUCAGCUGAAUAUGUUGGUUUUCUGACAUGGACUUGUUUCUUCAGCAUUGUCCAGGACUUUGAUAAGGUCAUUCUAAAACCUUAAUUCUAGCCUGAUUUCGCCAUUCCUUUAUCCUUUACCACUAUUGAAAUGUACAGUAUUUGGAGUCAUUGUCCUGUUCAAACACCCAACCGCGCCCAAGACCCAACUUCCGGGCUGAUGGUUUUAGGUUGUCCUGAAGAAGUUCGAGGUAAUCCUCCUUUUUCAUUGUUCCAUUUACUCUCUGUAAAGCACCGGUUCCAUUGGCAGGAAAACAGGCCCAGAGCAUAAUACUACCACCACCAUGCUUGACGGUAGGAUUGGUGUUCCAGGGAUUAAAGACUUCACCUUUUCUGGGUAUUGUGGCCGGACAGCUCAAUUUGUGUUUCAUUUGACAUCACAUGGAUAAAAAUAAGGGAAACUUUUGAUCAUGUUUGUAUAUUGCGCUGUUCUCCACACUGAAAGUGUUUCACACAGAGCCUACUA